AACCUGUGCGGAGAAGGAGUAGGGGCAGAGAGACAGACACUCCCACCGAGGUGGAUUUGGCUACGGGAGCCACGGGACACGGCCUCGCUCCGCACAUCGUCACCCUCCGCCUCGGCAGCCCUUAGUGUCACCUGGUGUCAGGAAGGAUUGCAGCCAUGGGGUGUUUCAAAUUCCUCAAAGUCAUGAUGUUCAUCUUCAAUGGCAUCAUCUUCUUGGCGGGAGCUGGGAUCCUUGGUGUAGGGGUGUGGGUCAAGGUGGACAGUAACUCGCUGCUUGGUGUCCUGGGCAAAAUUCAAGAUGCUCCGGGGGCCCUGAACCAGCUGGUCAAUGUGGGCUACCUGCUGAUCGCCGUGGGAGGGGUGCUGCUGGUCAUGGGCUUCCUGGGGUGCUGCGGUGCCAUGCGUGAGAGCAAGUGCAUGCUGUUACUGUUCUUCGUCAUCGUGCUUAUUGUCUUCAUAGCCGAGGUCGCUGCAGCAGUAGUAAUCCUGGUCUUCAGGCCCUUGGCGGAGAAUCUGAUUCACAUGCUGGGAAGCUCCGUCAUCAGCAGCAUAAAGAAGGAUUAUGGGAAGAAUGUGGACCUGACGCUAUUAUGGAACACUACCAUGACUGGGCUGAAAUGCUGUGGCUUCAGUAACUACACAGACUUCACAGACUCACCGUAUUAUCAGAGCACGAGCCGAUACCCUGAUCCGUGUUGCCUCGCCCUGCCCUGCACGCCACAAAGUGCCACAGACUCGAGCAUCACUGGCUGCCUCCAUAAGAUCGUGUCGGUGAUGCAGAGUAACUCGACCGUCCUUAUAGCUGUCGUGCUGGGAAUCGCGGUGCUGGAGAUGUCUGCCAUGAUAGUUUCGAUGACCUUGUACUGCAAGAUCGGCUCAGAGUGAUGAGGAUACCUGCGGACGGCGUCAUCUGAACAGCGGUACAAGCCUCUGACCAAUGCUGGAAAUCCUCUCAGGCUGAAAAUGUGUACCUUCUGUCUUUUUUUUAAUAAUCUAAAAU